UAAACCUCCUUCUCCGUUUCAGGAAUGGCUGCGUAAGGAAGUGGGCGGCACGCACGGCAGCAUUAAGGCCUUGCCUAAUCCAUCUUCGAAAGCCACAUCUGGAGACCGUUUCUUCCGGCAAGGGGAUGGUAGAUGUAGCCAUACCAUAACGGUCUCACCAGGAUGGUGGUUUCCUUUUUUUUAAGAUGGGGGUGGAUCAUAGAUUGGCGGGGUGAGCUCUAACAUCAGUUGGAUCAAGCAGCAGAGGCCCUUCACGUGGGCCGCCAAUUUUCAACAGAUGCUGAUCGAUGAGUCUUUGAAAGAGCGCACCUUGUUUCCGACAGGGUCGAUCUACCCACGAUGCCGUGGCCGAUACACCGGAGGAUUCUCGAAUUUCGCAGCCUGGGCGAAAAAUGCCGCUAGACAAGCACUGGAGACUCUUCAAAUAGUCCAAAGAGACACGCGCGCCCUUUUUGACCCGUAUAGAAAGGCACUGGAAAUAGAGAUCCCCAAGGAAAUAGAAAAGAAGCUCAAAGAGGUCAAAGCGCGAGUACGUGAACUCGAAGUGGGACAAGCGCAAAAGCCUGACCUCGAAGAUUCAACAACCAAGCGAAGGAAAGACCCCCUUGCCUUAGCGAAAGAAGCGCAACAGAGUAUCCAAAAAGACCAAGAUCACUUUCGUC